UGAGGGACCAUCACGUACUGUAGAGCAUACCCAAUGUAUUCAUCUGAGCAAGCACUUUUUCUUAAAGGCAUGGCACAUACUGUAUAUGUGAUGUUAGAAGGUGAUGUAACCAAAGCUUUUGACCAUAAUCAGAAUGGCUUUUUUUCUGUAAUAUCAAUUUUAAAUUAAAACUAUUUUGGUGUUUGAAGAUUUAUUAGGGUUGAAUUCUGGAUGGACUAUGGCUUGUAUUGGGUGAAUAUACUGAAAUCGCAAUCUGUUGUGGUAUGACUUGACAGAAAGACCAGUGUAUCAAGACUGGUGGUGCUUUCAGACCUAGAGUUGCCUUGCUUUGGUCCGAAUCAGGGACUGAUUUUGUUACAAAGUUGCGCAAUUGCCAAAGUUGGUUUGUGUUCUCACGGCAGCAUUUACAAGUGGAACAGAUAAAAUGCCUUGCACGAGAACACUGCUCUUGAUUGGUGAGAAUUUUCAUGAGAGAAAAAUCCAAGAAGUAAACAAAACGUUGAAGAAGAGUACAUUUGCAAGAUAAAUGCGACACUUUCUAAUUUCACAAUGACAGAACAACUUUGCAGGUUGAUGAUAGCGCUGGUCAUCGUGGACAACGUUGCUUGCAUUGCUCAUUUCAAGCAAACCAUACAGUUUGAAAACGAGGCGCGGCUCCGACUAGAAAACAAUAUUUUGAUACGCUAGAUGAGCCGAAUGUGCAUGUUAAGGCAGUGCAGGAGGAGGCGCACAUUAAUAAUCCUCCAGGACUGUAACAUGUUCAUGCUUGUUUAACCCAAAUAAUGCAUAAUGUGACUGCAGUUGGUCCAGAUCGAGGUUGGAACACGUUCUCACCACAAACGAACCGCACCGAGACCACCUCUUCAAGAAGAUCCUUGUUUGGUUGUUUUGGUCUGUACCAGACUGCAAUUGCUGUGUUCUUACCUGCUCAAACCAACUGCAUAUAGGGCGCAAACGAACUCGAGCUCGAUUGAACCAAACCAAAAAGGGCUGGUGUGAUACAAUGUGGAACAUGCAAACCGUUGGCACUCCUCAACCUGAUUUGAAAGAUCCACAUUCCAAUAAAAAACACCAAGCAGAAUGACAUUUAGAUUCCUCUUCAUUCACCCCUUUUAUUGCCAUACUGUAUAUAUGUGUGCAUGAGCAAUGUCUUGAAGUAAGUAAUCAAAAGGCAUUGCAGAGGUGAAUUUUAUGUGUAGGAAUUUUACUUUGUUUUCUACAAGCAAACAAAUACACCCACUAAGUAGCUGAAAUCAAUUUAACUAUCUUGAUUCCACACUCCUUUUCUGCACAAGCAAUUUAAUCAUGUCCCCUCAGUUGGGGGUCUCUUAAAAUAAAAUCCUGAGCCCUCUUUGAGACCGUGACAAGUCCGGUCUAGUCUGAGACAAGACCAGGACCUUAAAGUGGUCUCGAGAAUAAGACUGAUCUUGAGUACUUCAACACUGGCUCAUACAAAAAAUAAAUUAAAAAAAUCAACACAUUUUUACUGUUUUACAAACAGUUUUUCAUAAAAUAGCUACAUCCUAAUGGAUGGCAGCGUAUUGUACAUUAUCUUUGGAUAUGUAUAAAAGCUCCAAUAUAUACUUUUGUUUUUGCUCUCCUGUAAAAUUAGGAAAAUGUCACUUGUGCCCUGUUUGCUCUAGACCCUUGAUAUACUUGUCUUCAUGUGGUUUACAAAAGGUGGGAUGGUGGGUGGCCAUUUGGUCAAAGAUUCAGAGCCCUCACAGAGCAUUCCUUAAAUCUGGUGGAUACUUGGUCACUUACAUAACUCCCACGUAGUUACAUCUCAUUACUUCCAACAAACGGCCAAUUCAUAUAGCCAGAGGUUCCUGUCCCCCAGAGUGUGCACUGAAUACCUGCAGUGUUAUGCUAUGUAUUCCAGCUGAAUCAUGAUUCUCAGACCAGGGCUUUAUUCAAUCAGAGCUGUGUCUAGGUGUGAGCAAUGUCUGGUAUAAGUCAAGUUACGUUCAGCAGACAGUGGAAUAACUGUCAUCAGCCAUGCAAAGCUGAAACAUGCAGGCUGUUUUUGUGUUACAGUACAUGAAAGAACACAAAACAUGUCCUAGCAUGUGUUGUGUUCAGUUUGAGCAAAACAACGAUUUCAGUAUGCUCACUAUAGUCUGACAACGUUUCAUGUAAGAUUACACACAAAAAGUUGCAGCCACAGGGAUUUACUAAGUUAUGUGUUGACCAAAUAAAUGUACCUGCUAAAUUUAUAGAAACGUUACAGGAAGAUGUAAGAGCAGAAAAACAGAAUACAAGAGAGUAUUUGAUGAUAUUUGAUGCACUAAUCUGUUUUUAAAAAUGCCACUCUUUUUGGAAGUCCAAUACAAAUAUUUUCCAUGGUGGUUGAGAGAGUGGGACCACUAGGCGUGGAGGAAGAGGGGGGGUCCUUAAGUAGGAGCAGACUUUAUCACUCUCCUCCUUUCUAGUGGUGGUCCUUUCUCUCACCUCUUUCCUCCCAGAUCACAUCCAGCGAGUCUGUGUGAGCUUUUCCAGUCAGAUGGAGAGAGCAACACAAAGACAGAGAUAAAGACAAGAACUAAGUCAUUAUUCUGGAGAAACCUGACAUAAUCUCCUUAACAAGUGGUCAAAGAAAUAUAGAGGAAGGAGUUCAUAAUUUUACAGUAACAUACAUACAGAUCGACUAAAGGCAAUACCAUCUCUGGCUACUGCUGCUGGCUCACAAUGCUGUUUACUCUAGGGCUUCUCCUCCUUCUCACCCCAUUUCCCUCCUUUCAAUCCCCAACCAAUGAGAGGAGAAACUCCACAGGAAGCGAUGUGACCAGACCCAAUGCCAUUCUCACCCUGUCGAAACCAAAAACCACUGCUGCUCUCGCCAAACAGACCAUUCGCCCAACCCCAAAGCCAAACACAGUUAAUCAGACGGUUUCAUCCACUCCGGCCACAGCAGCAGUAAAGGCCUCUACAGUCACUGAGGUGAAGGCUACCAAAGACAAGCCUGCCCCCACUGUAGUUCAAAACAUUCAGUCAACAGCCCCAAAGUCUGCUCCCGCCAGUGGAGCUAAAACCACCAAAAACAAGCCCACAGCCUCCGUCAAUCAGACUGUUGUAACUAAAUCUCCCUCUACCAAAGACAAGCCUGCCCCCACAGUGGUUCAAACUGCCCUGUCGACAUCAGCAAAGGCCAAUCAGAGUGCCGUAAUCAAAACUCCCGCCACUACCACCACCACCACCACCACCAGAGAAAAGCCUGCCGCUGUUCAGCCACUCAAGGUGGUCAUAAGCGAUGGCUGUGACUCAAACAACGCCAAGGAGCAGGAAGUGAAGCUGAAGCCUGGUGCUCCUCUGGUGAUGACGCAUAAGAUCAGCUUGUUGCCUGGUGGCUGCACCGGGGGAUGUGAGGCCGAGAUGGCUGCGCUGAAAGGUCGUGUGGCCCGACUGGAAAGAGAGAUGUCUGCCCUCAAAGACAAAUGUCCAUGUUCUGCAAACUGUCCAAAUGACUGUAAUGGCAAUGGGGAAUGUGAGAAGGGUAAAUGUGUCUGCCAGCAGGGAUUCAUGGGUCCAGACUGCAGUAAGUGUGCACAAGGAGCUGAGUGUGCUAGGAAAGCUGCCAAAGGAAAGGCCAAGGUGACCGUGGAAACAGUGACCCUGCAGGUGAACAAAGACAAGGAAAACAUGCAGGAGAGAACCACCAGAGUAGAGCAAACUCUCUUCCAGAGGAGGGAGCAGAAGAAAGAGACUGACACUAAGUCUAAAGUGGCUACUAAUGCUAGAGUGGGUCUUGUUAAAACCCAAACAAAACAAGAUUCUAUAAAGAAAAUAACAACUAAAGACUCUUCAAGUGCCGCAAAGACCAGUCGCCCAAAUGUGGGUCAAGUUCUGCUGAGACAUGAGGGAAGGAAGCAGGAAGAGGCCCGCAAAGGCAAAACAACAGUCCUGACCUCUAAAAAGGUCCUCCAAAAACCUGACCUCAGACUUGUUAAGGAAGGAACUGCCGGUAAAACAAAUCCUAAAGCUGACCAACUGAAAGACGAACCUCAAACCAAUGUAACUCAGAGUAAUGUGAAGAAAUCUAACGGCACAGCUAAAAUUGUGACCAUUCUGACCAAGAUCGUGGAAACGAACAAAACCAGAACAGGGAAGGAGAAUAUGGAGCAGUCCACACUGGCUGAGAAACGCACCAAGAAGGUCAAAGUAGACACUACAAAUGUGCAGUCUGUUGACAACAGAAACACUGAAGCUGGAAAAACUGGAAAGGCCAUACAGAGGAGUCAGUACCUGGUUAAUACAACCAUUGCGGCAACAUCAGGCGAGGGUCGAAGUGUGCAGAAUAAAACAACCAUCCAUGGCUCUGGGAGUGCAAGGAGGAUGGGAGGAACUGGAUUAGGUUCUGUAAGGGUUGUAAACACCUCCUCCUACAGCUUCACUGUCACAUGGUCAGCACCACAAGGGAUGUUCAAGAACUUCACCGUGAUCAGGAGAGAGCCACGCGCAGAGGGUGAUGAAGACGACCUUGAGGAGUUUGAAGAGGAAACUCUUGAAGUCGAAAAGUUCUCUACAGCUAAGAACGCAACUGAAGUGCACGUACAGGUUGAGAGCACCAACACAACUGCCGCCUUCGGUAGAGCUGCUGGAUCUAGAGGCAGAGCUGAAACAAAGAGGAUCUCUAUGGUGGUCCCUGGCAGCGUGCGCUCUGUGGAGUUCAGUAACCUCCGGGCAAACACAGGCUAUGUUCUGCAUGUGUAUGGCACUACUGCUGAGAAGAGAUCAAAGAUUCAUAGAGUAACUGCAAUGACAGGCCCUGAGCCAGCCACAGAGAUGGUUUUCAGCAAUGUUACAGAGUCUUCUCUCACUGUUUCCUGGUCCAAACCAAAGACCACAUUCUCAGGCGUCAGGGUCACGUACACCAACAUCAUCACAGGGGAGAGUCGCUUUGUGACCUUGGAGUCUCAGCAAUCUUAUGUGGUUCUGUCCAAACUGUCUGCUGGAUCCUCCUACAUUAUCACUGUAACUACUACAUACGGCAGAGCCCAGAGUGAUGCUCUCACAUCAGUCAUCACCACAGUGCCCGCCCCUCCAACACAUCUCCAAGUUGUCAAUGUGACUGAUACAAGAGCUUUGCUGCAAUGGACACCCAGUCUGGGGAAAGUAGACCGCUUCAUCAUCAGCUACGAGUCCUCCAAGACUCCUAAUGUGACAGUGACAGUGAUGCUGUCUGGAAACUCAGUGGAACACCAGCUGAGAGGCCUGCAGAGAGGCACACUGUACACAGUCAAAGUCCUGAGCCAGAAGGACAGUCUCCAGAGCAUGGCCAUCUCAACCACAUUUACUACCGCUAAUGUGGCUAAAGCCAACGAGGUGGGCGCUCGUUCUGCAGUGAUCACAUGGAGGACUUCCAGUGUUGUCUAUUACAGCUACAGACUGAUCUACCAGGUGGUAGGAGAGGAGGCAAAGGAGGUGAUCCUGGACCAAUCAAUCACAGAGUAUAAGCUGACAGGGCUGUUGCCAAUGUCACGCUAUUAUGUUCUGGUACAAGGCGAGAGAGAGGGACACUACACAUCUAUUGUUACCACAGAAUUCAUCACAGGCAAACUGCGUUUCCCCUACCCUACUGAGUGCUCUCAGGAGCUGCUGAAUGGAGCUCUGGAGUCAGGAGAAGUGGAUAUCUACCCGCAAGGAAAAGAGGGAGGAGCGGUCAGAGUCUACUGUGACAUGGAGACUGAUGGAGGUGGCUGGACGGUGUUCCAGAGGAGAAUGAAUGGAAAGACAGAUUUCUACAGAACCUGGAGUGAAUAUAGCGCCGGCUUCGGAAACCUCAGCGAAGACUUCUGGCUCGGAAAUGAGCUUCUUCACAACCUGACCAGUGUCGGCCCUGUGAGUCUGAGAGUGGAUAUGCGAUCUGGAAACGACACCGCUUACGCUCACUACGCCAACUUCUCCAUUGAUUCAGAGGAGAGGCACUAUACUAUCACCGUGUCUGGCUACACUGGAACUGCAGGCGACUCCAUGAGGUACCAUACUGGACGUCCAUUCUCAACCCGAGACAAGAACCCUGAUCCUCUGGGGAUCCACUGUGCCAGGGCCUACAUGGGAGGCUGGUGGUACAAGAACUGCUACAAGACCAACCUCAACGGUCUUUUCGGCAUCAACAGUAAUAACCAGGGAAUAGUCUGGAUAGACUGGAAAGGAAAAGACUCCUCCAUUCCCUUCACCGAGAUGAAAUUCAGACCAUCCAGGUUCUCUCCUGCAACUCAUGGCUAAAGAUACAGUCUUCAUACGUCUGACAGAGAAUUUAAGUGCCAGAAAUCCACAAAACAGUGGAUCUCACAGUUGCUGCAUGUAGCUUUCCAACUGAAUUGCAUGUACAGUGGUUUUGAUAGUUGUAACAACAGCUAUCAGUACAUUUGAUUCAAGAUUGUGUACGAUUUUUUUUUCUGAUUUUUUUUCUGUUUCUUUUUUUUUCUGGAAAUAUACCAAAAGAGUGGAGAAAUGUUUUAUUGCAACUUUUUGUAUCUUACUGUUCUGCCUGACCCGUCUAUUUCAACACAGUUUGUUUUUUGACUCAAAUACCUUCUUGUGCACCACCAUGGUAUGCCACACCCACUACUACUGUAAUUGAAUAUGCACUGUCUCACUCCAUUGGAAUAAAUGUGGCUAAUGUGG